AUGGCUCUGGCGCGAGCAAGCCAGAAAGACUCGACACGUCACUCACAGUACCAAUCGAUGACGACCACACACUGCCGCCAGUUGAGCUCGAAGUAUCAGUCUCAGGAAUUGAUGAAAAAGCCGGAUAUUGCAGACAUUGCAUUUCAACCAAGAACCGCAAAUCCUGGGUUUCCACCAGACCUGCUGCAUGACCUCCUGGAAGGUGUAGUGCCUGUGGAGUUGGCCCUUUGCUUGCAAGGUAUGAUUUCAGUGAAACACUUCACUCUUAACGAUCUAAAUCAGGCAAUUAAGACAUUUCCUUAUCAGCACAAUGACAAAGUAGACCGUCCUCAUCCAGUUACUGCAAGUUUUUCAUCUCGAGGAACAAUUGGGGGUAAUGGGCAUGAGAAUCAUGCUCUUUUGCGAUUACUUCCUGUAAUUAUUGGUUCCAAAAUUCCAGAUGGGGACAGGUUUUGGGAAAUACUAAUGGCAUUAAAAGAUGUGGUAGAUCUUGCCAUGUGUCACAAAUUCACAGAAGAAACAUUGCAGUACAUGUCCUGCAAAAUCUCAGAGCACAGACAGAUACUCCAGGAGGUGUUUCCUAAUUUAAUGUUGAGGCCAAAACACCAUUUCCUGGAGCAUUAUCCUCACCUCAUUCGAUGCUUUGGGCCCCUUGUCCAUCUAUGGACAAUGAGAUUUGAGGGGAAACACAGGAUUUUUAAAAGGAUCAUACAUGAGGCUAACAACUUCAAAAAUGUGUUAAAAACAUGUGCAGAGAGACAUCAACUGAUGAUGACAUACCACUUAUCAUCACCCAAAUUUUUCAAACCACCAAUUGAGAUGUCUCAAGUCAAAUCAGCCUUCAUUGACACCUUACCGCCUGAGGUACAAGCCAGUGUUUCACAGACUGUGGACGACUUGACUGUCCUUAGUACAAAUCGAGUAAACAUUGAUGGAACAUCAUUUGCGGUUGGCAUGUUUGUCUGCACUGGUGUUCAAAACUCCUUGCCAGAAUUUAAAGAAAUUACGAACAUACUACUGCUUGCAAAUGAAAUCACUGUUGUGCUGAAGGAUUAUGAUGCAUGGUAUGUUGAGCAUUUACGGUCAUUCGAAUUGACUGUUACUGAUGGAAAUAGCCAUGUUGUUCGCUAUGUCCCCCACUCUCAAAUCAAGCGCCCCAGACGGGGAGAGAUUAAUUACAUACCAAAUUAUCCCGCCGGUGAAAGCAAGGACAGCUUGGAGGCUCAAAGAAAUGAACUCCAUAGCGAGUUUCAGAAAGCUCCUGCCGAAAGAGAUGGACCACUCAUCUUCUUGCUCAUGCAGAGAACAUUCGCGUUGAGACGUGAGGAAAUAAUCAACAGUCCAAGGCCUAUUGCAGAGCUGAGGGAGCGGUGGCCUGCCCUCUUCUGUGAAGCCCAGCUUUACAAGGAGGUCCAUCGCAUCACGAACCAAAACCUCCCCUUCAACUUCUUCGCGGCACUGGACAAAUACACUCCACAGCUCCUGAACCUCUACAAAGAGAAGCAGACGGGAACCUUGGGCAAGAAAAUGGCUGCGCUUCUUUCUGAUUACAGUAAACAGGAUAAUGACAUCCAGGCAACCAGAACUGCUGUCCUGUUUGGCCUGGCCCUGUAUCUCAAAGAAGAUGCGUCGGAGAUUUUCAAGAGCUGCAAGGAAGUCGACUUCGAGGAAUCCCAAACAGGAGCCGUCACACUCCUUGCACUUACCGAAGACAAUCCAUCUGCAGUACCGUUUAACCCGCAGCACGUUACAGUCAUUCUGGAGGACCAGACCCGCUCUGCCAUUUUUAAACGCCUCCAAUGUGUCCAUGGCUGA